UCCUUGGUCUUGUUCUCGCCGCUUCGGUGCCGGUAGCAGCCGCUGUAAGUCGCUGUUGGGCGGCGGAUCCAUGAAGCGGCGUCUGUUUGCUGGUUAAUGUUCCACCGCCUCCUUCCCUCCCCACCUCCUCCGGUUUUUUUUUGCCUCUGUGUGUCUCUCUCUCUCACACACACACACACAUUGAGUCUGUUGGUGUGUGUUUGAGAGAGGGAGGGGGGGAAUAGAUAUCAUGGCGGUGCUCCAGUGACUCUCAGCAAAGACUCAAGAUCAGUGUCUUUCUCUCACCGUGCCCCCCCCCGUCUCUGAGUAAAAAGACCAGGACCCCCCAUCGUACCGCAGUUUCCUUUUUUUUGUUUCCCUUUCUCUCUUCCCUUCUCUAACCACUCAUUCCUCCUUUACAUCGGCGGGUGGCAAGGCAGCUUUCUUGGCAUUCCCCCCCCCCCCCCUUUCCAUCCUCCCAACGUUGGAUUUAUGAUUCCCGUCAGCUCUUCGACAUGCAGCCUCCUCCGAGAAAGGUGAAAGUUACUCAAGAACUGAAAAACAUCCAUGCUGACCAAAUGACUAAACUUCAGGCGAAGCAUCAGGGAGAGUGUGAUUUACUGGAAGAUUUGAGGACCUUCAGUCAGAAGAGGAUUGCAAUUGAGAAGGACUAUGCUCAGGCUCUGCAGAAACUAGCCACCCAAUAUCUUAAGAGAGAAUGGGUUGGAUUAAAACUUGAUGAAAAAAGUGAACAUAACAGGAGCAUGCUUGCAGUAUGGAAGUCCUACCUUGAAGGAACCUUACAUUUGGCCCAGUCUCGAAUUAUUGCAUCUGAAAACUAUAGGAAUCAGAUCUUGGAGCCUGCUAAAAUUAUAAAAAGUAUUAAAGAGCAGCAGCUAAAAAAGUGUAUUGAUCAGCUGACAAGGAUACAAGCUGAAUUCCAAGAGACUGUGAAGGAUCUGGCAAAGUCUAAAAAGAAGUAUUUUGAGCUGGAACAGAUGGCUCACGCAGCGCGGGAGAAAGCCGAUAUAGAGGCCAAGUCAAAACUUAGUCUGUUUCAGUCAAGAAUAAGUUUACAGAAAGCAAGUGUAAAGUUAAAAGCACGACGCAGUGAGUGCAACACAAAAGCUAACCAUGCUAGAAAUGACUAUCUUCUUACACUGGCAGCUGCAAAUGCACAUCAAGAUCGCUAUUAUCAGAUAGAUCUGGUAAACAUGAUGCUGGCUCUGGAUGGGAAUUUCUAUGACCAUCUUAAAGAAUACUUGAUGGUUUUCAACAGAACAGAGCUUGAGGCCUGUCAGUCUGUUCAGAAUACAUUCCAGUUGCUGGUAGAAGCUUCCAGCAAGGGAUUGCAAGAUUACAAUCUACAGCUUUUUCUGCAAGAAAAUCCAGUAUUCCUAAAACCCCAGCCAUUCCAGUUCCAGCCGAGCGAUAAUGAUAUGAGUUUUAAUACAGUGCAGCUUGUGGACAUAGAUCUCUCACCAGUCAGCACUUUGCGAAUGACUUUAACGGAGAGUCGGCAAUUGGAGUAUGAAUCUGGGACCACUGAGGAACACAGCCUUAACAAGGAGGCUCGUAAAUGGGCAACACGUGUUGCACGAGAGCAUAAAACAAUCAUUCAUAGUCAAAGGACAUUGGACGAUCUAAAGGCUCAUGGAACUGUGACCUCAGAACAAGGGCGAAUUGAAUUGGAACAAAAAGUAGAAGAGACGAGAGAAACUAUCCGAAAGGCUGAGACAGUUAAGCUAAAGGCUGAAGCACGACUGGAGCUACUGAGACAGAUUGGAGUUGCUGUGGAUACAUGGUUGAAAAGUGCCAUGAAUCAAGUAAUGGAGGAAUUGGAAAAUGAGCGCUGGGCAAGCCUCCCAUCACUCCCAAACAGUGAAUCUGUACACCUGGGCACUCUGAAUCUUGAAAAGGAUGAUGGUGAGGAAUAUGAGGACAAUAUGGAUGUGUUCGAUGAUAGCAGCUCAAGUCCUUCUGGCACAUUGCGGAUGUAUCCCCUUACCUGCAAGGUGCUGUAUUCAUAUAAGGCUAAUCAACCAGAUGAGCUCACAAUUGAAGAACAUGAAUUCUUGGAAGUAAUUGAAGAUGGUGACAUGGAAGACUGGGUGAAGGCAAGGAAUAAGGCAGCUCAAGUAGGAUAUGUACCAGAGAAGUACCUGCAGUUUCCAACUUCCAACAGUCUAAUCAGUAUGUUGCAAACUCUGGGUUCCUUGGAUGCACGAUCUCAUUCCUCCAGCAACUCUACAGAGCCUGAUCUGGUAACUGGUGGCAUUAAUGGAGAUUCCAAUGUUUGUUUUGUGAAGGCACUUUACGAUUAUGAGGGGCAGACUGAAGACGAACUUUCAUUCCCUGAGGGAGCUAUCAUUAGGAUACUAAACAAAGAAAACCAAGAGGACGAUGGCUUUUGGGAGGGUGAGCUUAAUGGCUGCGUUGGUGUCUUUCCUUCUGUGUUAGUGGAAGAGCUGGCAGGAUCUGAGAAUGGCGACUCUCAGUGGACUGGAGACACGCAGCAGGUAUCUCCAUCCUCAAGACCACAGGCCAGUCUUCCUUCAUUACCAUUGUAUGAUCAGCCACCUUCCAGCCCUUUCAGCAGUCCAGACAAGACAGGAUCACAAUCCUUCCCCAGAUCACCUUCAGUAACAGAUCAUGAAAGCUUACUUUUGGAAGCAUCCACUAAUCAACAGCCACAGAGAUACACACCAGAAACAUCAAUUGGGAAAAUCCGACCGGUACGGGCUGCUCCUCCUCCACCUACCCAGCACCAUCGCCGAAAAACAGAAAAAACAGAGGAAGUAGAAAUAACUUUGGUGUAGCAACAAAUCACCAUUGUGCAAUUAGACUUGAGACUGGAUUAUUCAGCAUUUUCUGUUUCAGAUUCCUUUAAGUUCUCCACCACCAGUGCAAUGGAAUCUACAAUUAAAGAGCAGUGGAUGGCAAUGGGAAAAAAGGCAGUUAUGAAGUGUGGGUCCUGAAUAAAAUUGUCGUUCCUUCUUUGAUUUACAAAUAUCAUGUGCCUUUAUAGCCACCACUUUAUAUUUCUGGUGAUUUAAACUGGCCGUUUUUUGUGUUUUUUUUAGUUCAACGCGAGGAAUACUGCUUGACCAAUCUAAAUUUUAACUGGUCCAGUCUUGUUUCAAUCCUCUCUUUAAAAGACAUUUAACACAUUGCUUCAUCUGUCCCCAGUGCUGCAGAGUCUGGUACUUCUGUAAUUAUAUGCCUAUUGUGCUGUGCAGGGCACAGUUUUGGAAAAGAAACAUAUGAUUCACUGGUACAGUUCCAAUACAUAGCUUUAGAUUUCUGCACCAGUGCCUGUAGUGCCAGAUACCAAUCAUUCAUCGUUGUUUGAUGCUGAGGAAUGUAGAUAGAAGUAAAGUUUUUUUUUAAAGGCACAGUUUGUGUUCUUACAAUUUAUAUUGUACAUUCAUUAGCACAUUACUGUCGCCAUAAAGUUGAACUACUUGUAAGACAUAUCUCCCUUUAGUAUUAAUCCAGUCUGUAUACAUGUAUUCAGCUGUAAUGUGCAGCAGUGUGAAUGGGCUAGAAGCAUUGAGGGGAAAAGCUUGAGUAAGCAGUGAAAUUUUUUUUUAAGAGGGGCUGGUUCCUCUCAGUAGCUCCAGUGCAAAGAAAGAAUCAGACAAAUGAGGGAAUGAAUAAAAAUAAAUGCCUCUAUCUUAACUCAAAGAGUCAUAGUUUUCCAUGGUUGUGUAUGACUAAUAUUUAUGCAAUAUUUCUAGUCAAGAAAGAAAAUACAUUGUGGACAUGUUAAAGUGGAAAACUUUAUGAAGAUAUUUUUGGUGAAGGUGUAGAGCAAUGAAUGCUUUUCAACUAAGAGGUUUUCUCCUUGAGUAUGUGUUGUCUUUCUUCUUAGUUUAAAACAAAUCCUUAAAAUCACAACUUUUUAACUUAGGUAUAAUAUGUUAGUUAAUUCUCGCCAGCCUGAUUAUUUUUUCGUCCAAAAAAUUGACAUUAUACUUCCCUGAAUAUAUGACAGUAUUACGCUGGGAGGCAUUAUUGAUUGCUGAGUAACACAAUUUCAUGACUGCAGUAAGCCAUUUGACUUUCUUGGGUGAAUAAAUUAAAUAUUUAAUUACCAUAUUUAAAUAGGAUUGGCAGGCUUGAAGUUUAAAAACAUAGGAAACAUAUCUCCACUGAUAUAAUACGAAUGUCUGUUUAUAUUGCAUUUUGCUAGAGCACACUUCAAACUUCUGAACUUUAUGCUCACUUCAAAUUUUAUUUCACAGUCUGGGUUUCAGAUUUACACUGUGUUGAAUGUACUAAAGUUUAGUAAACUGGAAAACAGGAUUAGAAGCUAAGAUAGCAUGUCAAUUGUUGGAAACUAAACACUAAAUUAAUAACUGCCAAGUAUUUUCAUACAACUGUUAGAUUCAAGUAACAAAGUAGCAGAGGUGAUGUAAUUCAAAGAUUAACUUUUCAUAGUCGAUUCUUGAAUGAUUCAGUUUGAGACAAAAGACCUCAAAUCUGUUAACUGCCACUUUUCAAACGAUCUUUUCUCUCUCAAACUUUUGCCUUUCACAAUAAGAGUUUGAUUUGCCGGUGAACCCUUGCAUACCAAUACUGCCAGAAGAGAAAUUAAGGUUAGCAAUUGUGGUUUUAAAUUCAAUUGUAACAUUUGGUUCCUGUACCUUUUAUAGUAAGAACUUAUGGAGAACCUCAAAUUACCUCCAUUGGGAAUCAACUUUUGAGUCCUGCACCUUCUCACAACUGACUUGUUCCAUUAAGACAAAAGCAAAACCAAUAUGUUCAGACACUGCAAUUCUACUGAGCUUUGUAUUAACCUUUUCCCAGUAAUGUAGGCAUGAAAACGAAACUUCUGAUCCAUCUUGAUAUUCAACUCUCUCUUUCUUCAAAUCUAGAAAUCUCACUUUCCCAAUUUCAAGCUGGGUUUAUAUCAUUUUAACAAUAAAUUAAUGGGAAUUCAGUUUAAUUACCCUUUUAAUCAUUGCAUAAACUCCAAGCUUUGAUUUAGCAGCCAUUCCAUUUUGUUUUCCUUUUAUGCAGAUUAAUUUCUGUGGUACAUUUAAAUGCAUACAUUGAGAUAAACAUAAUAAAGCGUACAUUAUGCUGAAAUACAAUCAAUCAUAUCACUUUGCUUAGAAAUACAACAUGUAGAGGUUUCAUGUUACAUGUGAUCAUUGCAUAUGUGAUUGAAACAUUGAAUGCUAAAAUCUAUAGGACAGACCUGUUGUUGCAAGCAGGGAACUUCCAUUUAAAAGACUAAACUCCAUUCCCUUUUUCACCACCUCAAAACAUGUCUGAUUCUGGCUAAAACCCCACUGAUAAAUUCGCAAUUCAUUUCAAUGGUGAUAAUUGAAUCAUUUCAGAAAUAUUUGCUAUGUUAUGCUUCCUGCUAACCAAAGCAAAUUGAUGGUGAUAGCCCUGGAGAAAUUCAUUACUGAUGGGUUGUGUCUUUCCUGCUAAAAAAUUGUAUCAAAGCAGGAAAGCAAAGAAAGUAGUAGAACAAACUUGUGAAAUAUCAAAAAGGGGCAGGUAUUAUUGACUGUUGUUAAAGUUCAGUCUUACUGACUACACAAGUUGAUCGAGGAUUAAGACUGAAUCAGAAUUUCUGCUUAAAGUGAGUCUGUGAAAAUAGUAUGUGCAAUUUGUAUGCUUGCAUCAGGUAUGUGUUAGUAUUUCUAAAUGCUUGUCAUGGUUAAUUAAGCGGAAAAAAAGAAGCUUCAUUUGAAAGCUUUGAAGGUAGCAUAGAUUUUAUAUGCAGCAGUUUGAUCAUCUUAAAUUGAUUUGUGAUUGCAAACAUUAAACUCCAGUAGAGUCCUUACGCAAUGCCUCAUCUGGAAAAUUCAUCUGUUUAUGUAACUAAUUUAGGGCAUGUUCUGAUUUCACCCGUGUGGUGACCUUCACAUUGAUCAAUACUGCUAUACACUGCCUUGGGUCAUUUAGCCAUCUUGUCAGAUCUUGUGCUUUUGUUUCAUCAUGACAUGGAAGGUACAUCUCCUGUUUGCCAAGAAGGGGAAGACACAGAAAUACAACUGGAGAAAUCUGAUCUUUGUUCAGUCCACCCUACUGGGAAGGAUUGUAAAUGAGAACAAGUAACAGUACUCCAAAAUAUUAAUUGUCCAAUGUUCUAAUUGAUUAUCCACAGUUAGGAAACACCAGUUUAUUAAAGUUGCAAACAGUGUUGAAGCCUUCCAAUAUAUAAGUUAAUAAUUUCACUGAUCCCCUAAUUAAAAACAGUUGUUUUGGGGAGAGAGGGUGCUGCAGCUUUUUACAAUGAGUUAAUAACUCAACUAUUCCUGUGUGAUUUGAUCCUUCAUUGAUGUUUGAUUAUAUAAAACCUUGGUAAUUAUUUUUAAGGCUGCUAUCGCACAACUUCUGGAAGCUGUAUAAUAGUUUAGAAAUUAGCACCUCAAAGAUAUGGAUCUGGUUUCUCAAUCAUUUUAGUAUAGACUGAGUAAAGUCAUAGCAAGUCACUGAUCAAAUAAUGGUUAGUAUAAACAAUAACUGUGCACAUUCUUUGAGUAAUUCUGUAAAACCCUCACUAAAUAGUAUACUACCUGCAGAAAAUUUCUUAUAGGUGGUCAUUUAAAGAUACUGUACCCAUAAAUGUCUAUAUUUUAAAUGUUUGGCUCAAAGAGGUUAAGCUUAAAACUAGAAUGGUUGUGAAAUAUGUGACUGUGUAUACAUUUGGCUUAUUUGAAGCUACUGUUGUUGAGAACCUUUUGAACUAGAUGCCACAUGUUUUAGUUGUGUUUUGUAGCUCCAGAACACAGUGGAUGUACAUAUACUGCCAACAACCGAUCCUGACUUCCAUCAUUUUGGUGGUGUGGUGGUGACACUACCUGCUACAUACCUCUUGAGCUGUAGAUUCAAAUCCUGGUGAAGACCUACAGUCCAAACAUGCGUUAUAAUAUUCAGUGGCUGAGUUUAAUCACCAAGCCAAAAAAACUGUAGCCUUUAUGAAACAUGAGACAUUUUAAUGGAAUUUACAGGAAGAAAGCACAAGUAGUCAUUGUAAUGGGAAUGAAAUCAAACCAGAAACAUAAAAGUGUAAAGUUUUACAACAAAGAAAGGUUAUUGUUUCUCUAGAACUGCACUCUUGUAUUGUAUCACCCUAUUUUAAAUUCUUUUGUAUUCUGAAGUUCUUUUGUUUACUUUUAUGAUGUUUACAGACCAUAUUUUUAUAGCCUGAUAAUAUUGCUGUUGCCAACUCAUCCAAACUUCAUUGAUACCCCCUUCCUUCAUUGAUAUCCCUUACUUCAUUUGCCUAUGAAUUAUUUGAAAGUUUGCCCCCAUUUUAUAUUUUUCUCAUGUGUUUUGAAAUUGCAUUUUUGCUCUAAAUUAAGAACCAAGUGGUUUCAAACUAUGUUCCCUUUUAGUUGUCUACACAUUAGGCUUAUUUUCCAUAUUAUACAUUGUACAGUUGUCAGUACUUCAAGCAGAGAAAGCAAAUGUGCAAAAUGUUUUCUGCAGUGUAUUGGCUGUUAAAAUUUGUAUUUAUUAUGUACAAAUGUUAAAUAAAAAUUUGAAACUUUA